GCGGGGCGGGGCGGGGCGGGGCGGCGGUUGGGGCCCCGCCCCCGCCGAGCGCGAGGCGCUAACGGCCGCCCCGCCCCGCCCCGCCGGCGCCAUGGGGACGGUGGACAGCGGCUACCCGCGCUCCCUGCGGGGCGCCAUCAAGAUCGCCCGCUUGGUUGUGGCUUUUGCAACAUUCGUCUGCUUCGUUGCCUCAAGAUCCCAUGAAGCAUAUACGGCACUUGCAGUCAUGGAAGUUGUCAUCACUUCGUUGUUUUUUCUACUGUAUUUACUAAAACUAGAUAAAAAGAUGAAAUGGCUCUUUUGGCCUUUAGCUGAUAUUUUCAACUCGGUGAUUGCAGCUGUGUUUCUCCUAGUCGUGUGCCUGUUUGCGAUAAUAAUCAAGACAAACAAUGGGACGCUGGUUGGGGGAGUGUUUGGCCUUGUAUUGCUUGUUCUGUGCAUUGUAGAUGCGGUUGUUCUUUUCCGGAAGAUCAGCUUUGGUGGACCCAGGGGAAGGAAUUACCCUGCCAGAUGAGAGCUGCCAUGUUAGCCAAAGAAUAAUUUCUCAGACAUUCAUGUUACCGUGUUCUUCUAAAGAAUUUGUAUUUUUGUGUGUUCACCUUUGAACUUCCUGUGUAUUUUUCUACAUUUUCACAAGUAUUGUUCAUAAGUAUUACUAAUUCUUACAUUUAAGUAUGUAUUUUGAAUGUUGCAAUUUUGCUGGUUUAAGCAUCACAGAAGUGUCCUGCGUUUUUUCUAAACUUAAUUAAUUUUUAACAGAUGAAAACUUAGUAAUUUUCUUCUUGUAAUAAAAAUGAAAAUACAAAUGGG